UCUACAGCUUCAUUCAUCUGAGCGUUCAGGAGUUUCUAGCUGCUUUCUAUGUAUUUUACUACCAUAUAAAUACAACUAUGGAGAAGCUGAAGAAUUUUGCUUCAUUGCAAAAUUUGCUCAAAGGUGCAGUAGAUGAAGCCCUUGAGAGUGAGAAUGGACGUCUGGAUCUGUUCCUGCGGUUCCUGCUGGGCGUCUCACUGGAGUCCAAUCAGAGACUCUUACAGGAUCUACUGACACACACAGAGAACAGCUCAGAGAGCAUCAGGAGAACCACACAGUACAUUAAAGAGAUGAUCAAAGAUGGACAUGGACUCUCCACUGAAAGAUCCAUCAAUCUGUUCCUCUGUCUGCUGGAAGUGAAAGAUCAGACUCUGUCCAGAGAGAUUCAGGAGUUUGUGAAGUCAGACAAGCACUCAGAGAAGAAACUCUCUCCUGCUCACUGCUCAACAAUCACUUACAUGCUUCAGAUGUCAGAGGAGCCGCUGGAUGAGCUGGACCUCAAGAAAUACAACACAUCAGAUGAGGGCAGAAGAAGACUGGUACCAGCCGUGAUCAACUGCAGAAAAGCUCUUCUUGCUGGCUGUAAUCUCACUGCUCAGUUGUCUGGCUGUAUGGUGACAGAGGAAGGCUUUGGUUAUUUGUCUUCAGCUCUGAGUUCAAACCCCUCACACCUGAGAGAGCUGGAUCUGAGCUACAAUCACCCAGGACACUCAGGAGUCCAGCUGCUCAAAUACAAGCUGGAGGAUCCCAACUAUAAACUGCAGAUAUUCAAUGUGGAUCAUGGAGGAGAGAUCAUGAUGACAGCAGGACCACGAAAGUAUGCCUGUGAUCUCACACUGGAUCCAAACACAGUAAACACUCGUCUCAUUCUGUCUAAUGAGAACAGCAAAGUGGCACACGAGGGAGAGAAACAGCCAUAUCCUGAUCAUCCAGAGAGAUUUGAUGAGUGUCAUCAGGUUCUGUGUGUUGAGAGUCUGACUGGACGCUGUUACUGGGAGGCUGAAUGGAGUGGACGUGUUAAAAUAUCAGUGUCAUAUAAAGGAAUCAGCAGGAAAGGAGAGAGAGAUGACUGUAUAUUUGGAUACAACAACAAAUCCUGGAGUCUGAUCUGUUCUGUUAACAGAUUCACUGUCUGGCACAAUAAGAACAGCACUGAUAUACCUGCCCCAUCAUCCUCUAAGAGAGCAGGAGUGUAUGUGGACGUGUCGGCCGGCACUCUGUCCUUCUACAGCAUCUCUGACACACACACACUCACACACUUACACACAUUCAACACCACAUUCACUGAACCCCUCUGUGCUGGAUUUAGGGCUUAUCCUGAUUCCUCAGUGUCUCUGUGUGAUUAAACAAUCGAGAGACUCUCUGUAAAUCCUCUUUCUGAUGUUCACAUGCACACAAACCCAUCAAAUCUCACAUCAUUACAUUUGUAUUAAUUCAAUUUUUUUAUUAAUAUUUUUCAUUAUCAUCCAGAAGUUAUGAAUCUUGAUCAGACACACAUACUGUUCUGAAUCUUUAAUAAACGGAGUAAUACGUUUCAUUUA